UAGGAAAAUGCAUGCACGAAGGAAAGCUAAUGGAUCACGAUGAAAUCAUCAGAAAGGAGGACCCCUGUGAGUCAUACCGUUGCGACACUCACCGGAAGACGAUGCUGGUUGACCUCUGCCAUUACGGCCUCUACCAGAAGGCACCCCCUGGUUGCGUUCUGCGCAAACGGACCGGUGAUUUUCCUGCCUGCUGCCCAUGGCCCGACUGCAAAGCUGCCGAAAGCAUCGAGGGAAGCGAAAGCGACUCAUUGUCUGCAAACGGAACGACUACGGACGAGGCAGUGACGGAUGUUUCUGACCUUAUCAUCCCCGCCAGCCAACACAAUACUAACAAACAAGACUCGAAUGAAACGCCAUUAAGAGCUUCUGAUGCAUCGCUUGACCAGCUGAGCUCUACAACUACAAAUGCACCCAGUUUGUCGGGACAUACGGCAGAGUCAGAUUCCGACCAUGUGACUACUCCGGCUGAAGCAGCAUCUUAAAAAUUGUAUUCGCAAGUGCCAGUAUUGCAUCCACUUUUUACACUUUAAAUUGUAACAUAUCUGAGUGGCUUAGCUUCCUCGAAUUUUAUAGAAUUUUACUGGAUAAACUUCAGUUAAAUGAAUUCAAGCAAACAACUAGCGAAUUGGCCGGCAUUGAUGGCAAUAUCGGUUUUGGACUUGCGUAGAUUUUUUACUUAAGGAAUCUUGUUCUUUCAAUUAUAAACCACAGUAUUUAUUUUGUUACUAUUCCCACUCAACUACAAACCACAAUUUUGCAUCCAUUGCACUAAAAUGGAGUAUGUAACAAAUUUAAUAAAAAUUAUAGCCUGAUCGCCAUUGUCCUAGCAUAAUCGAAAUUCUGGAAAGAAUUUGGAAGGCGAUUUAACCUCUAGACGAGGUCGAUUAAAGACAGUGGCUUCUUGAGCGACACAAGGAGACAAUGAGUCGGAGUACGGCACUCUACCGCAUUACGCCUUGCGUGAGGGGAGUCAAAGAGCGUCGGGCUGCUCACAUCGUUUCUGUCCAACUUUCUGGGUCGGCCCACAUUUGCAGGGAGCUAAUGUUCACGGGAUCAAUUUGGAGUGAUUGCGUGCGGCACUCUAUCGCGUCAACCCUCCUGUCAGCGGAGUAGGAUGAGCGUCAUACUGGUUGCCUAAGUUAUUUACUAGACUAUCUUCGAGAUAAGCCACCACUUUAGAGCGCAGCUCCUAGGCGCCCGUUCCUUCACUGAGCGUCACCGUACCUCGGCGUCCCUCGUAACCCGAUCGAACUAAAAUCCCGAUAUAAUAAAAGUACCGCCAUCUACUCUUUCCUCCGCCACCUCCUCUCCUAAAGCGCUUGCUUUUUUCCUUACUUUUUGCUUGCGAAAGCCAUGUCGACGGUGGCGCACCUAGAAAGUCCACGUUGAAGCUUUCAGGCCGGGCGCGCGCCGCCGCCGCCGCCGGCGACUGCGGCUGCGCAGAGGACUUUCAACAUGGCUGUGAGGCGGAAAAAAAAAGAAAAUAUAAAGAAGUGAAGAGCGCGCGCUAUCAUCGUCCAAUCGGAGAUACAGGAGAGAGAGAAGCGGCGUUUAUCAAAGGAUGGCGGUACUUUUCUUAUAUAGGGAUUUUAGAUCGAACGAGCACAGCGAAAGAUCAAAGCGAACGCGGAGCGCAGCGGGAGAUGAAAGAAAGCAUGAGGCGGAAAGCGGAGGGGAGAUGACCUGUGCAUGCGCUGAGUUGGCGCCGCGUGGGCGAUCUCAUCUGCGCUUCGCAGGGGGGGAUGGCAGGUAGAGAGGGCUACGCUCAUCUGCGGCGUCAGCUGCUGAGGGUAGUUCAGGGUACCAGUGUGUGUUAUGGGGAUCACUUCUCCUGCAAGCGGCGAUGGGGAGCGGCUACGAACGCUCAAUGUGACGCUCCCUUGGGUGUUGUCGCCGCUGACACUAGUUGCACGAUUUCCCCGCAAAGGGCGGCUCUCAUCGUUGGUGGAACGAAAGCGUGCAAAGAAAAGCGUAGUGUCACGCAAGACGGGUUGGGCGGCGACGAUGGCUACGAUAUGGUGCCAGACUAGUGCGCGGUCUGUCUGCGGCGGCUGCUGUGAAUCGCACCCACGGGCUGCCUCUCGCGAUCUCCCAAGUAGCGAGGCCGUCGCGCCACACUUUGCUCCGUUUGCUAUGUGCCGCAUGAGACAGAUUGUCCGCGCCGUCAACACUACUCACAGCGUUCCCUUCCUAAUAAAAACUGUGUACCUAUAUAAGCAUCAUACAAAAUAUUGACACGCGAAAUGAAAACACGAAUAGAGCUGCGCUCGAAUUUUGCAUUAGGAAAUAUCGUAAUCGUCAAGGAAUUUUUUUACACUGCAGAUAGCCACGCUGAUAGUCCGCACCUUUAGACUGCACAUACAUAGGUCAACGACUCAAAUUUAAAAGCGAAGCUUUAUAUGGCUAGGCGAAAUGAAAAAGCGUCUGUCCGUCGCCUGUGUACUGCAAACUAUUGUUAUCAGCAUUGGCUCGAGCGUCAUCGUCUUCUUCCGCAGCUCGCUCAUUCGAGCCUCGGGUUGCGCUCGUGUUCCUGCUCGGCACGCGGUCAUGCCACUGCUCUCGCGUUCGUCGUCGUCUUCUACGUGCAAAUUGUGAAUGCGCCUCCUGGCUAUCCCUGACAGUCAGGGGAUGUGUAAUCGCCUCGACCUUCUCUCUCUUUCCUUUCUCUUUUCUUUCUUCUUUACAUCCCCCGCCCUUUCCCCAAGGCGCUGAGUCGUGCUCCCUAAAGGGCUGCAGAAAAUACCGCCUCUUCCUCUUUACAACCAAAAUCUCUACCACAGCUGGCUCUGUUGCCGCUGAUCAUUCUAGCGUGUAAUUUCACUUCUCUUCUGUCGUCAUAAUGGGGAGACCGCGUUUACGGGGGUAUGAGCCAUGCAUUAUUUUUGAAAUAAAUAAAAUUGUCCUACGUAACGGACAGAUGACAGGGUGUAUACCGCAGCAAAUCCUCGCGCAUUGCACUCACGUCAUCGGAUGUGCGGUGUCACGAUGACGUUAUGGAACGCUGAUCGGAAGGUGUUGAGAUCAAUGUCAGUGAACCGUCCCUCGUCGUGACGGGUCAGCUUGAAUGCGGCAUGAACUAUCGUACCCCCUACUGCAGUAACCAUGUCUUCGGCAUAGUUGACUCUUGCCAUGGCAAGAAUCUACCACUAUCCACAGAAUGCACAUCUCGUUAAUUACAAGGGCACAUUCCAGUAAACAUAAAGUUGAUGACAAAGAGGACGGUUAGGUAUAGGACAAGCUUCGCUUAUCAUCCAUCUUCACGGAGUGGAAGGGCCGACAAUUUUUUUCAUGCACUAUCUUCGAGCCAGCCCACAAGAAAACUAGCAGUAAUUCGCUAUCACUACUUCACUACUGCCUGUUAUGAGUGGCUUUUUAAACGCGUCUAUUGGUACAUUACAUAAGCAUUGUUUCCUACCGGGUAGAAUAACGCAGGUCCCUACCGAUAACUUUUUCACGUUUAAACGAUUCUCUGGAAUGCAAUAUGACUGCAUGGGCAUUGUUUUUUGACUAUCCACAAAUAAUUUCAUAGUGUAGGCUAUGCACUGGUAUUAUUCAAACCUUUUGGCUAGGGUUGCACGGCUCCUUCCUUGUCUCCUGAAAAAUUUAUUAUUGGACAGAGGUCAAUAUGUUUCAUUAGAAAAGUCUCAAUGCGUGCUUUCAGAAAUCACGUCUGGAGGUCUCGAAGCAUAACCAUCAAACGGUAUUUUAAUUUACAAUUUAUGGCAUUCACCUUCCCGUAGUGGAACCUGUUUCUGUUAGUAUCACUGCGUUUCUAUAAACAGACGACACCAUUCGUGUAUCCCCAGCGCCCAACGGUUCACAUGCAAUCUCGUUGCUUCAAGUUGGGACAUACAGGGCUAUGUAUUUGCUCGUAGGUAACGUCAUCAGUGCAAGAACGCCAAAAAUGCAGUUUAUACGUUUUCAUAAUUCUUCAAUGAAAGUGCAUUUAGACCACCGGUUUCCUUAAACACGUCCGUCUGUUCUACUUGCACUUGCAACCCCACUCCUUACGCAUCUCUGUCGAGUAUCUUGACACAAGCUUCGAUAGCGAUCUUAUAUGUAACUGGGUCUGGAAUAAAUUUUCCGUAAACAUCGAUCCCUGUCUCGUAUGCUUUACCCCAUUGCCUUCUUAAUGCCUUUGUCCAUGCGCUAAGCGAAUGUCAUGCUUUUUAUACAGUGUGUGGCGGUAUAGACUUACAGUUUACGGGCAUUGUCCUGUGCGUUCGCAAGAGUAAGCUAUUUCAUUUUUUUUUCAAAUU